ACUAAACGGCAAGCUGCAGUUGUGGAAACUAAUAAAACGAGAUUAUUGCUGGGACAUAGUGAAGAGAAGCGAACAAAUAGGAAAAGCGCAAGUAUUUUCAGGCUGCAAUCAACUUCGGAUCUCUGUUGAAAACAUCAUGAAAGCGGUAGUACAACAAGGCAUCCUGCUGGGUUUGCUGGUAAUCCUGGGCGCUUCAGGCUGCAGUCUAUCCAACAACGAUGACGCUGAACUGCGGGAGGCCUUACUAGCUGAUCCGUCCACAAUUAUGAUGAGUAGCAGUAAAAACAAUAGCCUGGAGGAAAUUUACUCCGAAUGCAACAAGACGUUUAUCAUAACCAUGGACUAUCUGAGUGAAUUGAAUGACACUGGCAGUUUUCCAGAUGAAACGGAUAAAACUCCAAUGUGUUUUAUGCGGUGCUUUCUGCAAAAGAACGGUAUCCUGACCGAGGACGAUAAAAUCAACAAGGAGCUUGCCAUUUCCGCUGGUUGGGUUAAAAAUGGUGAAACCAUCGAUGAGUGCCUGCAAGAUAUGACUGGAAGCGAAUGCGAACGAGCCUAUUUCCUCGCCCGAUGUGUCAGCACCCGUUCUUUGGUGGAAGGCAGGAGCAAGGAAAGCAAAAAACGAUAAACGUAUUCAGUUAGUAAAUGUUGACUUAAUGAUUUGUGGUAUAUAAUAAAAUUUCGGGAGACAUUGCAA